AUUUUGGCAUUUAGUAAAAGUCAACUGGACAACUGGUGAUUCUGGUGUCUUGUUUUUGUGAAAUGGUGAAUAUUUUUUAUGUGUAUUUCUUAUAAAAUCAAAUCAAAAUGGAUGAAGUUGCUAAAUUAGAGCAUCUUUCACUUGUGUCAAAAGUGUGUACUGAGCUGGACAAUCAUUUAGGAUUAAAUGACAAAGACUUAGCUGAGUUCAUAAUAGACAUAGCUGAUAAAAACCCAGCAUUUGAUGGUUUCAAGAAAGCUUUGAUUGAAAAUGGAGCUGAAUUCUCAGAUUCAUUUAUGACCAACUUGCUGCGAAUCAUACAGCAUAUGAAACCCAUAAACAAUGCUACACAAAAAACCGCACCACAGGAGAAUGCAAACCCAUUGGCUAAUAAGUUUCCAGGACUUGCAAUACCUAAUGAAAAACCUCCCAAAUUCUCAUCCGAUGAAGAAAGUGAAGAAGAGGAUGAAGAUAAGAAGGACAAAAGACUGACUGCAAAGGAUAUAUUUCUAGAAGAGUCAAAAACUAAGAUAAAUGACGCUGUGGUAGAUCAAGCCAUGGCUGAGCUAGAGGCUCUGGCACCUUCACAAUCAACUUCUGUAAAGGAACCGCUAAAAAAAGAAAUCACUAAAGAUGAAGUAAAAAAACGUGAAAGAAGUCGCAGCAGAGAUAGGAAAGAAACCAGUAGAAAAAGGGAGAGAUCUAGAGAGAGAGAUAGGGAUAGAAAAAGUAGGCGUAGUAGAAGUAGAGACAGAAGAAGCCAUAGUAGAGACCGUAGGAGUAGAAGUAGAGAUAGAGAUAGGAGGAGAAGAUCUAGGAGCCGUCCUACUUCCAGUCGUCACAGGUCAAGGGAUAGGCAUAGGAGAUCCAAAUCUCGAGGAAGGACAUCCCCAUUAAGAGGAAGAAAUUCUCCAUCAAGAGGAAGAAAUUCUCCAUCAAGAAGUAGAAGGUCACCAUCAAGAGAAAGAGAACAUAAAUACAAUGAUUAUGGCAAGAAACCGAGGAAGAGGAGUCCAGAAGUUGAAAUGAGUGAUGAUCCUGAACCUGGGAAAAUUUAUAAUGGCAGAGUAGCAAACAUUGUGCCAUUUGGUUGUUUUGUACAAAUUGAGGGAGUGAGGAAGCGGUGGGAGGGCCUGGUGCACAUCUCUCAGCUGCGGUCAGAAGGACGCGUCACCAAUGUGUCUGAUGUCGUCAAUAGAGGGGAUAAAGUCAAGGUGAAAGUGCUCUCAGUAACUGGACAGAAGGUGUCUCUUACUAUGAAGGACGUGUGCCAAGACACUGGCAAAGAUCUGAACCCGACGUCACAUGCUCAUCUAGAGGCUGAACGCGAAGGUCGUAACCCCGACCGUCCUCCUCCAAACGCCACCGUGUUGGCAGGCCUGCAGGGUGGGCUCGAUCCAGACGAGGACUCCAGCAGGAAGAGGGUGACCAGAAUCUCCAGUCCUGAGAGGUGGGAGAUCAAACAGAUGAUAUCAUCAGGAGUAAUAGAUAAGAGUGAGUUGCCAGACUUUGAUGAGGAGACAGGAUUGUUGCCCAAAGACGAAGAUGGUGAGGCUGACAUAGAAAUAGAGCUGGUAGAAGAAGAGCCACCGUUCCUGCAAGGUCAUGGCCGCGCACUGCACGACCUGUCUCCAGUCAGGAUUGUCAAGAACCCUGACGGAUCUCUUGCUCAAGCUGCCAUGAUGCAGUCAGCUCUCUCCAAAGAAAGAAGAGAACAGAAGAUGUUGCAGAGGGAACAAGAGAUGGAGAGCCUCCCCAUGGGUCUCAACAAGAACUGGAUAGAUCCCCUCCCAGAGAGCGACGGUAGAGCUCUAGCUGCUAACAUGAGAGGGACUGGCAUAACUCCUCAGGAUCUGCCUGAAUGGAAGAAGCAUGUGAUCGGUGGCAAAAAGUCGUCAUUUGGCAAGAAAACUAAUUUGUCAUUGUUGGAGCAGAGGCAGUCACUGCCUAUUUAUAAGCUGAGGGAUGAAUUGACGAAGGCUGUAGCCGACAACCAAAUCCUGAUAGUUAUCGGAGAGACAGGGUCGGGUAAGACGACACAGAUCACCCAGUACCUGGCGGAGUGUGGCCUGACGGCGCGCGGUAAGAUAGCGUGCACCCAGCCCAGGAGAGUGGCCGCCAUGUCCGUCGCCAAGCGAGUCGCUGAGGAGUUCGGGUGCCGGCUCGGACAGGAAGUCGGGUACACCAUCCGUUUCGAAGACUGCACCAGCCCUGAGACUGUUAUCAAAUACAUGACAGACGGUAUGUUACUCCGCGAGUGUCUCAUGGACCUCGACUUGAAGAGCUACUCAGUGAUCAUGUUGGACGAGGCUCACGAGCGCACCAUACACACUGACGUCCUUUUCGGUCUACUCAAGCAGGCUGUCCAGAAACGACCAGAACUCAAGUUGAUUGUCACAUCCGCUACAUUAGACGCCGUCAAAUUCUCACAGUACUUCUUCGAAGCUCCUAUUUUCACCAUCCCUGGUCGUACCUUCCCGGUAGAAGUUUUGUACACUAAGGAACCAGAAACGGAUUAUCUGGAUGCAUCCUUGAUCACUGUGAUGCAAAUUCAUUUAAGGGAACCUCCGGGAGAUAUCUUGCUCUUCUUGACUGGUCAGGAGGAGAUUGACACUGCUUGUGAGAUCUUAUACGAGAGAAUGAAGUCUCUAGGCCCUGAUGUGCCAGAACUCAUCAUCCUACCUGUAUAUUCAGCUCUGCCGUCUGAAAUGCAAACGCGUAUCUUCGAACCAGCACCUCCAGGUUCCAGAAAAGUCGUCAUAGCUACCAACAUUGCUGAAACUUCGUUGACUAUAGACGGAAUUUAUUACGUGGUCGACCCUGGCUUUGUGAAGCAAAAAGUUUAUAACUCGAAGACUGGUAUGGACUCCUUGGUGGUUACACCGAUUUCGCAGGCUGCAGCCAAGCAGAGAGCAGGUCGUGCGGGUCGUACAGGCCCGGGCAAGUGCUACCGGCUGUACACCGAGCGUGCGUACAGGGACGAGAUGUUGCCCACUCCAGUACCAGAGAUACAACGCACCAAUCUUGCUACCACUGUGUUGCAACUGAAGACGAUGGGUAUCAACGACCUCCUUCACUUCGACUUCAUGGACGCGCCUCCCGUCGAGUCUCUCAUCAUGGCGCUAGAACAGCUGCACUCCUUGUCCGCGCUCGAUUCUGAAGGAUUACUGACUAGGCUUGGGCGACGGAUGGCGGAAUUCCCGCUCGAACCCAAUCUGUCCAAAAUCUUGAUCAUGUCAGUAGCACUGCAGUGUUCGGAUGAGAUUCUAACAAUAGUGUCGAUGUUGAGCGUGCAGAAUGUGUUCUAUCGUCCCAAAGAUAAGCAAGCAUUAGCAGAUCAGAAGAAAGCCAAGUUCAACCAGCCGGAGGGAGACCACCUCACUUUACUGGCAGUCUACAAUAGCUGGAGAAACAACAAGUUCUCUAACGCAUGGUGCUAUGAGAACUUUGUACAGAUACGUACACUGAAACGUGCGCAGGACGUACGGAAACAAUUGUUAGGGAUUAUGGAUAGGCACAAGUUGGACGUGGUAUCGGCGGGAAAGAACACAGUUCGCAUCCAGAAAACGAUAUGUUCCGGUUUCUUCAGGAACGCGGCCAAGAAGGACCCACAGGAGGGCUAUAGAACUCUCGUCGACAGCCAAGUGGUCUACAUACAUCCCUCUAGUGCGCUCUUCAAUAGACAACCUGAAUGGGUUAUCUACCACGAGCUCGUACAAACAACAAAGGAGUACAUGCGUGAGGUGACUACCAUCGAUCCAAAAUGGCUGGUGGAGUUCGCACCGGCGUUCUUCAAGUUCUCCGACCCGACCAAACUGUCCAAGUUCAAGAAGAACCAGAGGCUAGAACCUCUUUACAAUAAAUACGAAGAACCAAACGCCUGGAGAAUAUCCAGGGUACGCAGGAGACGAAACUAAACUGCCACUUAUCAAUUAUUUUACUUCUAUUCUAAAUAAAUUAAUAAGGAAUGU